AUGGCGGGCCGCGGCGACUGCCGGCGCGGCCGGGAGCAGCUGGAGCUGGAGCGGCUGGGCGAGGUGGCGCGGGCCGGCUCCUGCCCGCCGUCGCCGCCGCCGUCCGCCUGCUCGCGGCAGGCGUGGAGCCGGGACAACCCGGGCUUCGAGCCCGAGGAGGAGGAAGCGGCGGCGGCCGCGGCGGCGGCGGCGGCGGCGGGGGGGCCGGUGCUGGAGAUGGACGUGGAGUGGGGCAGCCCCGCGGCGUCGCUGGGCAGCGGCGCGGCGGGGCAGGGCGGCGGCGGCGGCGGCGGGCGGCGGCAGCGGCGGCGGCUGCCCGCGGGGCGCGGCGGGGCGGCGGAGGCUCCGAGCCGCCACCAGGGGCCGCCCGACGGCGCCGCGCCGCGCCGGGCCGCCUGGGCCAAGCGGCUGGCCCGGCGCCUGCGAGGUCUGUGGGGCACAAGACUCAUGGAAGAAAGCAACACCAGCAGAGAGCGAUACCUGAAAAGUGUUUUACGGGAGUUGGUUACAUACAUGAUUUUCCUUGUGGUCUUGUGUGUCCUGACUUACGGGACAGUGAGUUCCAGUAUGUAUUACUACACGAGGGUUAUGUCACAGCUCUUCCUGGAAACACCUGUCUCGAAAAUGGAGAAAACUGACUUCAAAACGUUGUCCACAAUGGACGACUUCUGGAAGUUCACAGAAGGCCCUCUGCUGGAUGGUCUUUACUGGGAUAUGUGGUACAACAACAAAUCCAUGGCAGAAAACAAAAGCUUCAUUUAUUACGAGAACCUGCUCCUAGGGGUGCCUCGCAUUCGGCAGCUGAAAGUGAGAAAUGGCUCGUGCUCGAUACCCGAGGAUCUAAAGGAUGAAAUCAAAGACUGCUACGAUGUCUAUUCUGUAGCUAAUGAAGAUACUGCACCUUUUGGACUUCGAAAUGGGACAGCUUGGACAUACACCAAUGAGAAGGAUUUGAAUGGGAGCAGCCACUGGGGCUUGCUCGCCACGUACAGCGGGGCUGGUUAUUACCAAGACCUCUCAAGGAGCAGGGAAGUGACAGCUGUGCAGAUUGCUAGCCUUAAGAAGAACCUGUGGCUGGACAGAGGGACGAGAGCAGCUUUCAUUGAUUUCUCCGUAUACAAUGCGAACAUCAACCUAUUCUGCGUUGUAAGGUUGUUAGUGGAGUUUCCAGCAACUGGAGGCCUUCUUACGUCUUGGCAGUUUCAGCCAGUGAAGCUGAUUCACUACAUCUCUACUUUUGAUUUUUUCCUGGCAGCCUGUGAAAUGACAUUUUGUCUCUUUGUUCUCUACUAUACGGUGGAAGAGAUAUUAGAAAUUCACAUUCAUAGGUUGCACUACUUCAGAAGUCUUUGGAAUUGUCUUGAUAUCCUUAUCAUUGUGCUCUCUGUGGCAGCUAUAGGAAUUAGCAUCUACAGGACUUCAACUGUUGAUAUGCUCCUGAAGAAGCUGCUGGAAGAUCAGAACUCAUUCCCCAACUUUGAACCCUUGGCCUAUUGGCAAAUGCAAUUCAACAACAUUGCCGCAGUCACUGUGUUUUUUGUCUGGAUUAAGCUUUUCAAAUUUGUGAACUUCAACAGAACGAUGAGUCAGUUAUCCACUACCAUGUCUCGCUGUGUCAAAGAUGUCGUUGGCUUCGCUAUUAUGUUUUUUAUUAUUUUCUUAGCAUAUGCUCAGUUGGCCUAUCUUGUCUUUGGUACUCAGAUUGAUGAUUUCAGCACUUUCCAGGACUGUAUAUUUACUCAGUUCCGCAUCAUUUUGGGAGACUUCAACUUCACAGAGGUUGAAGAAGCUAAUCGAAUUUUGGGACCAAUUUAUUUCACUACAUUUGUGUUCUUUAUGUUCUUCAUUCUUUUGAACAUGUUUUUGGCCAUUAUCAAUGAUACAUAUUCUGAAGUGAAAUCGGAUAUGGCACAACAGAAGGCAGAAAUGGAACUGUCUGACCUUAUCAGAAAGGGCUACAACAAAGCCAUGGUCAAACUUAAACUGAAAAAAACUACUGUUGAUGACAUUUCAGAAAGCCUAAGACAAGGCGGGGGGAAACUAAAUUUUGAUGAACUCCGGCAAGAUCUAAAAGGGAAGGGCCACACUGAUGCAGAGAUUGAAGCAAUAUUUACCAAAUAUGAUCAGGAUGGGGACCAGGAGUUGACAGAGCAUGAACACCAGCAGAUGAGAGAUGACCUGGAAAAAGAGAGGGAGGAUCUGGACCUGGACAGGAGCUCUCUGCCACGUCCUCUAAGCAGCCGCAGCUUCCCCCGGAGCUUGGAUGACUCUGAGGAGGACGAGGAUGAAGACAGUGGGCACAGCUCCAGGAGGAGGGGCAGCAGCUCUAGUGGGGUUUCAUACGAAGAGUUCCAAGUACUCAUGAGGCGGGUUGAUCGCAUGGAGCAUUCAAUCGGCAGUAUCGUCUCCAAGAUUGAUGCGGUUAUUGUGAAGCUUGAAGCAAUGGAGAGAGCCAAACUGAAAAGGAGAGAUGUGUUGGGAAGACUGUUGGACGGAGUGACAGAGGAUGAAAGACUGGGUCGUGACAAUGAAAUCCACAGGGAACAAAUGGAGCGGCUUGUGCGAGAGGAGUUGGAGCGGUGGGAAUCAGAUGAUACGGCAUCCCAAAUGAGUCAUCGUUUGGGAACACCGCUUGGACUGAACGGCCAGCCUCGUUCGAGGAACUCGCGGCCAUCUUCCUCGCAGUCGGAUGGUAUUGAUGGGGGAGGAGGGAAUGGGGGAAAUAACAUCCAUGUGUAGGAUCGGCUUGGUAGUUUGGGGCCAGUAUUAAGCCAGCAAACACCUGACUCCACUGUUUCCCAGCUUAAGGUGAUCGUUCUGAUCAGACCACUGAAGGAAAGCUCUAGUGGUGUGUAAGAAGAAACACUCUCUUCAUAAGGCAUAUUCAGACCUACAUAAGCCACACGUCAGGCUAAAGUCACCAACAGCCAGCCUGCUAACCUUGGAAAUGAAAAUGCAAGAGGAAAUCUACCUGGACAGAAUUCUGAUACAUGUAUUAUGGGGAACAGCUUCACGAGGACAGCAAGCUUUAGACAAAAUGUGCUCUAGCUAAACCAUUCAAAUGAAGAGCUGUGGGUUUUCUGCUUUUUAUUGGAAAAACAGAAUUUUUAAAAGUUUUGAAAAACAUUUUUUAAAGAAAAUGGCACUAGUUUAUUGUCUCAUUCAUUUUAACUAACUCUUUUCAAAGAGACAAAUCAACAUCUUUUAUUUUAACUCUGCGUUUUUGUAUAUUUUUCUGGAGUUGUUCUUGGUGUACUAACAUUUUACUUUAAAAUGGCCAUUUUUUCCUAUUAUUGAGAAAUACUAUAUGUCUUUAAACAGAAGAAAGUGCACUGAGUUUGUACACCUGUUAAUCAGAUCAUUCUGUAAUAGAAACCAUAUAUGUUAUGCCUCCUUCCAUUUCAUUAUCAUUUUAAAAGUAAUAUUUGAGAACUGCCUUCUUACACCCAGUUAAUGUAAUCGUCUUCAGCUCUGUUGUACAGUGCCCGUUUUUAGUGCCAUGUUUUGAAGAUCUAAGUGUUAUUGGGAUAAAUAUUCCUCACUUCUUUAGGUAAAUGCAGUAACUUGGCAGAAAACACAUUAUUUAAAAUGACACACAAUUGAAAAUGCCAACUCUUCCUUGGAUGGGAAGGGAGCCGGAAGGGAGCCCAAUGGUAGGGAAAACCCAAUCAAGUGCUCUGCGAAGUUCUGCGAAGCACACCUCACCUAUUUAGCCUGUAUUUACAUUUAACAGAUCUGCUUGUAAAAUUAUUAGAUAUGCUUUUAUGUACUCUCUUCUCCAGGGAUUCAACCUGAUUCCUUUGGAAAGGUGUUUUUAGUGUAACCACUGAUUUUUAGUAUUUAAUUUUCUGUGCUUUCCAUGUCACAGACGCUUUAUUUUUGAAAGGAGGUACGCCACAAAUUAUGUUGUUUUCCUCUAGAAGGCACUGAAGCACAGUGUGUGUGGUUUUGCGUAGCAGCCUGUUUCAGUUUAUGGCUUGUUGGUUUAGGAGAGAGGCUGUCAGUUGUGUUUUUAUCCUGAAGACGGCAGUUGUCUUGUAUUUAAAUUCAUACAGUUGGCUUAAAGGAAAACAGAAAGCUACAUAAUCAAACACAUCUUAGCUAUUAGCAGGAGAUACAGAGGAAAAAUGCCUAUUUAAUGAAGUAAAAAUAGCAUAUUUAUGUUAUAUUGGUGUAUUUUUGUUUCAAACUAAAGUUGUUGCUAGAGGCUAGUACUACUUCUUGCAGUGGUGCUAUGUGGGCAAAGCUACAUUUUGCAUAUGCUCUUAUCACUACAUUGCCUGGACAUACCCAGAAUACAUUCCCUCUAAUCAGAGGAUGUGCAAAAACUAAGUAAGACUUUAUGCCUUUUCCUGUUUUUAAGUUUACGAGAAACCCUAUGCACAGAAACUUACUUAAUAAAAGGUGGACUAGGAGGAAGUUCAGUGCGGAGACGGGAAUUUCGUGGUAGCUGUGGCUCAAGAAUGGAACAAAGUGGGAAAACAGAUUGAGAGUCUUAUGAAGGGCUUUUUGUUUCUGUGGGUUUUUUUGUCCUGCACUAGGAAAAAAUUGAUGCUCUCUGACAAGAGAGACCUGGCAGUACGGUUUGAAAUAGCUGGCCUGUAAAAAAAAAAAAAAAAAAAAAAAAAGUGUAUUUGAAAAUGUACAUUCAAUCAUGCAGCUUCUUUUUAUUUGUAGUAUAUGUUUAUUAUGAAAAUAUGUGCAUUCAUAGCUGUAUUUGUUGAGGUAUAUUUCUGUAACGUGUCGUUACUUAAUAACAAACUUCAUCUUGAAGUGCAUUAAGUUUUCAUGGGGUACCCGUGUGUGUUGACAAUAGGCCUUGCAGUAAGUGCAUGGGCACUUGACAAAUGUUUUGAACGUUUUUAUUAUUUCAUUUUUAAAUUUUAGAUUCUAAUAUCAUUUGUCACUUAGUAAUAAGGUAAGAUUUGCAUAGGAAAUAAAUGUACAGUAUUUGGUCUUAUUAGGAAGCUAUUAAUUAUGCAAGCCUUCUACAAUGAUCAAGAAUGUAUUGAUCUGUAAAACUGAGCACUUUACUUCCUAAUAAACUUCUUAUAUAAUCUGUAAAGCCAA